UUUCAACGUCUCCGACAGGGCAUUUUACCAAUGCAUGCUCACAUUACCGCUGUAAUCAAAUCAAGACGCUGAAAAUUUCAACAAUAACCGCUACAGCUUAGUGAAAGAGGUUUCUUGUACUAUUUUCAUCAAAUAUUGACGCCAUCAGCAUAUGGAAGAUCCGCAACUUCUUCUCUCCCAAGCAGCCAACGCUUUAGACGGAGGUAAUACCAAGGAUGCAUAUUUGGGAUACAUAGGCGCCAUGGAGGUCUCUUUGCAGCAGCUACGAGAAGCCAAAUUUGUCCAUCAUUCUAUGGUAUCUCACCCGGCACAUUAUGAAGCGUUGGUGUUGACGAUAAGGUCGAGCUUGGACAGUUUAGAUUCGAUUGUACUAAAGCGUCAUGGGGCUUCAUCGCCUAUUCAAACUCACGCCUCCGGUGGUAUCCAUACUCAUCGCACUGGAUCACCUGUCUUGGAAAAAAAAUGGAACAACGUAUCCAAUGGCCAUGCACGUCGCUCAUCACAUUCUGAGGACGUUGAUGAUUCUCAAAGCAUUGGCAGCGAUCAUAGCUCUCGAGCGAAGUCUCCACCUUUGAUACCGCCAAAACCUACUAGGAUGCAAAAACCUAGUGUCGCACCAAAGCCUAUAUGGAAACCACCACGUUCGAUCUCACCGCCUAGCACACAAACUCCGGCAGAGCUUGAUCGGUCUGCGAUAAGCUCAAUUUCGUCAAUAACCUCUACGAUAUCUACAUCCACUCCACCAACAACAGAUCCUCCAGUCAAGAGACCCGUUCCACUACCUCCAGCCAUCACAACAUCAACUUCAGCCUCCACACAACGACUGAAACUACCUAGUGCUAUAGCACGGUCCGCCUUAAAACAAAGACCCAGAGCAAGUUCUGUGAGUUUUGCAGAUCAAACACAAACAGAUCAAUCCUCAGAAGACAAUGACAGUACACAGCCUACUACCCCUGUACAAGUCAUUGAAGACGACGAUGACGACGACGACGACGAGGAGGUCGAUUUUGGUUUAGCGGAAGAAAGUAGCUCUCAGCAUUUGAUGCGUCGAAUUUCAUCACCCAAUCUAUACAAUAUACGCGAGAAGCCCACGUCAAGACCGUUAUCGUCGUCAGUCCCAUCACACGGGAUUAGACCCAAAACUAUGGAUUUGUCGUCCGCUGAAGACUCAGGCAUGAGCACAAUAAGAAUUGUGGCAGAAGGACAUGUCGACCCUACCGACCUAGUUCCGGCACAGACAAAUCCAGGUGAUAGUCUGGCACCUCCCAGCUCAUUUGGUGGUCAACCGUCUGAUUAUGUGCCAAAUAUACCUGUGCCACCCUUGUUGACCACCUAUCGCAACAUUCAGCAGAAACUUACAAAGGUGGAAGGCAAGCUGAACAAUUUAAAGACAAGAAAGCAACAACUGCUCAAAAACGAGUCAGUUACGUGGAGCCAGUCUUCCGAUGAAGAAGAUAUGCUCAUUUAUCCAAACGAAGAAUCUAUCAACGACGCUAUAUUUGAGUAUACUUCUCUCACUGCCGAGACAAAGGAUACUCUCAACAAAGUUAGAACGCUUUAUAUGAGUGCCGCGACUGUGCCAACCAUAACACAGUUUCCACCUCAUUUGAUAGCAUAUCAAUUGACGUUAAUCGAAUCCGCCAUCUUCUCAGAAAUUCCACCCGAUGCGUUACUAUGUCAUUCAGCGCGUACUCCGCACGCAAGAAUUGUCUCAUCAACCGAUUUCUUCAACUACACGACUCGCGCCAUAGAACAUUCCAUCUUAUUGCAACAAGAAGCUGCACAUCGUGCGGAACAUAUACAUCUAUGGGUCAAGGUUGCAGGAAAAUGCUUAGCUCUCAACAACUAUCAAACACUUAAAGCGAUUAUAUCGGCUUUAGGCACUCCUCCUGUACAGCGAUUGAAACGAACCUGGGCAUGUAUACCAAAGAAGAGCUUAUCCAAAUUGGAAACUUUGGGGCAACUUAUGUCAGAGUCGAACAAUUACGAGAAUUACCGAGAGCAUAUGGGUAUGAUCAACACGUCUGGGGAGGACAACAGAUCAUCUACUAUCAGCAUCAAGCCUGUACAUAUCCUGAAGCCAACUGUACCUUUCCUGGGCACAUUUAUCCAUGACAUGACGUACCUGCUGGCAGCUACCAAGUCACUGAACGAACCUAUUGACGAUCCACGUAUACAAGGCAUCCUUCUCAUCAUGCAGCAGUUCCAGAGCGGACCAAAAUACCCUGAGAUGCCACCCAGUGCCUACAUUAAGUUGUCACAGAAACACUCCUUCCGACCUACCUCCAUAACGAAUGCUCUUCAUCGAUCUAGCUCAUCGAAGACUCGCAUGAGUAAUACUAUGUUCUUUAGUAAUGGUGUUGAUGAAUACGAAGUGGAUAAGGAAGUCGAAGUACAGCAACAGAUCAUUACACAGUAUCUCUUGAUGCGACCUUGGGUUAGUGAGAAAAAUAUUGAUGAAUUAAGUUUCUUGAGAGAACCUCCAAAGCAACGACGCGGAUCUUCACCUGGUCAUGCUCGCACCCGAAGCGGAACAGGAAGUGGAACAUAUGCCGGCUCAGUACUAAGCACCACUAGCACGAUCAGCCGAUUCAGUGCUGGAAAUACCUCUCUGUACACAACAGCCAGCGGAAGUGGCUCUGAUAGUCGACCGACUAGCACAGAAGAAUUCGGUAAUCAUAUUAGUGAAGAGCAUUCCCCUACCACUACCGAAGCUAAACAGCGAGGUUUUUGGUCAUUCGCCAACCCACUUCGGAAAAGCAGCGACGUCAAUCGAUCCCAUCUUGGGAGUCUUGUUGGACGACGCAGUAUGACUGACUUAAGAACAGUAGUGGCUGGCAAUAGCUCUAUGAAUGACAUGGCUGAAGAGGAUGACGAUAGUGAAAAAGAAAUUCGUUCGGCUAAACCAGAUAUGAUGACUUCACACAAUAACGUGGACGAUGCAAUAUGGAAAAGCGUAGCGGAUCAGGCAGUGUCAAAGCAACAGCCCAAUGCCUACUCGAGUCCUACGACCAACGAUACACAUCCGCAAACUUUCACUUCUCCUAAACCACCCACUGUUCCAAAUGUACCACCAAGGCAUGUCCCAGUAACUCCUUCACCGAAGGCGCCUCCACGGCCCUUAGCUCAACCUCCCAGUGUUCCACCGCGUCAAUACAAUGCGGUAGGGCCAUCCCCUCUAAAGAACGCUGAAGACGAACUUAAAGCGGCCUUGGCCAAGCGUUAUGCUAGCGAAAGCUGAAAUUGAACGACUUAUCCCCUUUUCCAUAUUAGAUAAUUCUUAACUAUCGUCUUUCUUAUGAUUCAGAUCCUACUCUAUCGCUACCAUUCCGUGAUACGACUUUGUAUAUAUUUUUCUUUUUUUGCCACACACUAGCAAAGAAAACGAUUUUUUUUAAAAAUUUCAUAAACGAUCUGAUGUGACUGUGCAAA